AUGUAUCUACUUUCACUUUCGAUUUGAUUAAACACAAACGACCGACAAACAAUGAGAGAGAACUUGCAAGGAACAUGAAAUGUCUAUUGAACAGUCCAAGAAUAAGUUUAAAUCAUUACAUGAAAAGAUAUUCAGUUCGACAGUUUCGUUCAAUUUCUAAUGAAGUGAAUCAACUAAGCGCUGAUUUGACCAGAAAAUUCCAAAAUGUUGGAAUCGAGAAAACAGAAUCACGUUUAUCAGCGGAAUUCAUUAUAGCCCAUGUGAUGGGCAAAAAGAUGUUUUACCAAGUUUCAAAGAGUGCAAAAAUUCCUGGAACCCAGCUAAAGGAAAUUAAAGAACUGGCCGAGAAACGUUCAGAAAGAAUGCCACUCCAGUAUGUUCUUGGGGAAUGGGACUUCCAUGAAUUUACUGUGAAACUAGCUCCACCUGUUCUUAUUCCAAGGCCAGAAACUGAGGAGUUGGUUCAGUUUGUUCUAGAAGAUAUAGGACAAGAUGAAACCUACAAGAAGUUCCUAGAAGUUGGCUGUGGAUCAGGGGCAGUAACUCUGUGCUUACUCUCCAAACUUCCAUGGAUGAAAGCAGUAGCCUGUGAUAUUAGCAAAGACGCCUGUAACCUGACCAUAGAAAAUCUCUCCAGAUAUCAUGUAGACAAAAGGGCCAGUGUACUGAACAAGGACUUCAAAAGCCCAGACACUAUACAGUUGAUUUCUGAGCAUGGUCCAUUUGAUUUCAUCAUCAGCAAUCCUCCAUACAUACCUACAGCAAACCUAGAUGACCUAGAUCCUGAGGUCAAAAAAUAUGAGGAUAGAUUGGCACUAGAUGGAGGACAGGAUGGGUUGGACUUUGUGAGGCAUCUGAUAGCAGUGUCACCGUUACUAUUGAAGAAAGAGGGAAAACUAUGGCUUGAGACAGGAUUAGAACAACACAAUUUGAUAGAAAAUGCAAUCAACAAUCACUCUGUUGGUCAGUUAAAAUUUAUCAAAUCCAUGAAGGACUUUACAAACAGAGAGCGGUUUUGUCUCAUACAAAAAGUAUGAACAUUUGGCAGCACAUGUUCAGAAGAAUUUUAUUUAACAAUAGUAUGAAUACAAGUAUUAUUUUAUAGAACAAUAUAAAUGCACUUUCAAUAAUACAUUACAAUGUCAAGUACAAAAGAACAGUGUAUGUUUUAAACCUUAAAAAAUAAUUUUAAAAUGUUGUUUUAUUAAAACGAUAAAUGUC